ACAAAUGUUCACUUCUACAAAGCCGAUGUCACAUCACCCGAAGAAGUAGCUCAAGUAGCAACCGAGAUUCGCGCUCAACAUGGUAAUCCAACAGUCUUGAUCAACAACGCAGGAAUCGCGGGCUCGAAGUCCAUUCUUGUGGAACCUAUUGAGAGUACGAAGACGGGUUUUGCGGUUAAUGUAUUGGCGCAUUUUAUUUGUAUCAAGGAAUGUUUGCCUGCGAUGGUGGAGAAGAAUCAUGGUCAUAUUGGUUGUUUAACUAGCACUGCGAGCUUUAUUACUCCUUCUGGGGUGAGUUGCUGACUCAACAGGUGACUCAACAGGAAGGUGGGGUGAAAAGAGAGUGCUGACUGCAUAGUAGUUUUCUAGCUAUGGUAGCUCCAAGGCUGCGGCAAUGGCUUUCAUGGGGGCUUGGUUUCGGAACUCAAAUGUCGACAUAAGGCUCCUGAUAUUCGAACCAGGUAUAUACUUUCCGAAAACCUUCCCUGGAUUCUUUAUGUUCACCGGAAGCAUACGACUAAUGGGGAGAUAGCAUCAUCUAUCCGGCCUGAGUUCGUACACCAAUGACCAAACCAUUGUACUCACGUCCUGAUUGAAAACCACCACUCCUCGAACCACAAGACAUCUCAAUCCUCGUCAUUCGACAGGUCAUGUCCGGCAGAAGUGGACUGAUCCUUGUGCCGGCAUCGUUGGACUUCUUGAGAAGAUUGAGAGGCAUGCCAAUUUGGUAUCAAAUGUUUAUUCGUGGCCAAGCUGGCAAUUUGCUGGCUAAAAAUGGGAAG